GCUGCGGAGAUGAAGGAAUAUAUUGUACGGCCUACGAAUAAUUUGUCAUUUCUGGCAAAAUUGUCAGACGCUACAAAUAACUUUCAGUGAAACGUUAAAGUUAUCAGAAGAGGACUGAAGACGCGUGGAGACAGUGUAUUUUAUUUUUUCUAAAUUUAAAUGUCUUUGCAGCAGGUGUUAUUCCUCUGCACAUUAUUUUCAGACACAAUCUAUUGCAUCCUAGAAACAAGCCCUGUGUCAUAUUUUCUACGUGCUUAUAUUCGUCACUGACAUGGCAGACUAAGUUACUGAGAUUUUCCACCCCAUCCACCGAUCAAUGUACCUUUGAUUUUUCUUCAUAAAAAGACCCAGUACAAUAUAAAACUGAAUCCCUACACGAGAGCCAGGAUGUCCGAGGCGUGGCAGCAGCACGCUGUUGCUCCUCCUCCGGUGGUGCACACCAUACCACCAGGGGCGGAGAACGCGUUGGGCUGUGCCGUCUACGGUAUCGUCCUGCAGCCUGACCCUGCUCUGCAGCAGUCGCAGCAGCAGCACCAGCAUGGCCAGCAGCACAGCCAGCAGCAUGGGCAGCAGCAGCAGCAGCACCCUGCCCAGGUACAGCAGCCUUCUCUGCAGGUAGGGGGCGAGGGCGGCCACAAGUGUGGGGCAUGCGGCCACGACAUCUCCCACCUGGCCAACCCACAUGAGCACCAGUGUAUGGUGAGCCAGGACCGCUCCUUCCAAUGCACCCAGUGCAUGAAGAUCUUCCACCAGGCUACUGAUCUGCUGGAGCACCAGUGUGUGCAGGUAGAACAGAAGCCCUUUGUGUGUGGUGUGUGUAAGAUGGGCUUCUCCCUCCUCACUUCGCUGGCACAGCACCACACCUCACACAACAGCACCAACCCCAUGAAGUGCUCCAUUUGUGAGAAGACCUACCGACCGGGCUCCUCUGGAAACACCACGCCCAGCUCCUCUGCCACCAACCCUCAGCAGCCGUCUGCUGAUGGAGCCUCAUCCAGUGGGAGUGCGACAGUGGGGUCCUCUUCCUCAAUUACAUUUCCAUCGGCCCGUGACAGGCCCUACAAAUGCUCUGUCUGCCAGAAGGGCUUCAGGCACCUGUCAGAGCUGGCCCGCCACGAGCGUGUGCACACCGGAGAGAAGCCCUUCAAGUGUGACACGUGUGACAAGAGCUUCAGCCAGUCCUCUCACCUGGCCCAUCACCAGCGCACCCACAGCUCUGAGCGCCCAUACAAGUGUGCUGUGUGUGACAAGAGCUUCAAGCACCGCUCCCACCUGGUGCGCCACAUGUACGCCCAUUCCGGAGAGCACCUGUUCAAGUGCAACCUGUGUGAACUGCACUUCAAGGAGUCUUCUGAACUGCUGCAUCAUCCAUGCCACCCACAAGGGGCACGCCCCUUCCGCUGUGCCACCUGUGGAAAGGGCUUCAAGCGUCCAUCAGACCUGCGGCAGCAUGAGCGCACUCACUCUGAGGAGCGUCCCUUCCACUGUGAGGAGUGCCAGAUGAGUUUCAAACAGCAGUAUGCCCUGGUGCGCCACAGGCGCACACACAAAAACCCUUCUGACCGCCCUUUCAAAUGCAACCUUUGCGACAAAGGCUUCCUGCAGCCAUCCCAUCUGCUGUACCACCAGCACGUCCAUGGCAUGGAGAACCUCUUCAAGUGCGCGUCCUGCCAGAAGGAAUUCAGUCAGUCAGGAGAGCUGCUGCGCCACAAGUGCGGUGAGUCGUCCGCUUCAUCUAGGGACACAGACAAGCCCUACAAAUGUGACGUGUGCGGCAAGGGAUACAAAAAGAGUUCGACACUGCAGCGACAUCAGAACUCGCACUGUCAAGAGAAGCCCCUGAAGUGCUCCCUUUGUGACCGCCGCUUCCUGUCAUCCUCAGAGUUUGUGCAGCACCGCUGCGACCCGUCCCGGGAGAAGCCCCUGAAGUGUCCCGACUGCGAGAAGCGCUUCAAGUACUCGUCUGACCUGAAUCGGCACAGGCGCGUCCACACCGGGGAGAAGCCCUACAAGUGUGCUAGCUGUGACAAAGGCUUCAAGCAACGGGAGCACCUGGCCAAGCAUCAGAGUGUGCAUUCCAGAGAUGCCCAGUUCAAGUGUGUUUGGUGUGGAGAGCGCUUUGGAGACCUGGGAGCUUUGCAGGAGCACACAGUCCAGCACACAGCUGAAGGAGGGGGUUACCCUGUGCCACCUUGCAUAUAGUYAYGCCCCUCCRYUCUGUACAAGUUCAUAGCAAACGUCCCUGUCUACCAUUAAUUUGCAGCACCCAGCUUAACACACUUGAACUGGGCAUCUCUGGAGUGCACACUCUGGUGCUUUCCAGAGAUGCCCAGUUCAAAUGCUUUGGAGACCUGGGAGCCUUGCAGGAGCACACAGUCCAGCACACAUCUGAAGGAGGGGGUUACCCGAUGGUAGGUUACUCUGUGCCAACUUGCAUAUAGUCACGCCCCUCCCUUAUUUUCCAGUUCAUAGCAGAUGUCCCUGGCUAGCCCUAAUUUUCCCCCAGCAUAUAGAAUCCCUAACCUCAUUUCCCAUCUGAAACUGUUAUCAGUCCCCCCUACCCCCAAAAUCCCAUACAAAUUAUCAUUGUCUCAUAAAAAUGGAAGUCACAGCUUGUCAUUGUACUGCCAAGUGUCACUGCUUUAGGGCUACCAUCUGAAGGACAGAGGCGAAGAAACCAUCAAGGAUAUGUCUUUCACUUCAAACCCUAGGGUGGAUGUUCUAGUCCAGGGCCCAGUUUCCGAAAAGCAUCUUAAGGCUAAGUUAAUCGUUAGAACCUUUUGUAGGAGCAUCGUUCAAUCUCUGAGCUGUUUCCCAAAACCAUCGUUAUUGACGUUGCACUUGAAAACGCUCGUAAUCUAACUCCUCAGACCACUCGUAGAACAGCGAAGUGCGUCGUUAAAUGCAUUUUUCGUCUUCCCGCGUCACUUUAUAUACAGAAGAUCUCCACUAAACUUAGAAUCACAUGGUUUAUCCAUCUCUGUGAACAAAGUUGACUACAAAUGCAAAGUUGCCAAUAUCUUUGCAAUUGAUA